AUUUAAAAUAACUGAUUGAAGUCAUAAAGCAAACUGGAAUUGAACAUAAUUGUCAUGCAAGACAUUUUGAGCAAAAGAACUCUGAGGCAUCUGUCACUGUGACUCUUCAAUGAGUGGAGUAGGUGUGUGUUUCACGUUCACUCAACGUAGUCUCACCAACACAGCUCCCACUCACUUCGCAACCCACAAGCACUGAGAGGAACAUCUGCUGACACUGUGAUCCAUCAAGCCUGCUGAAAUAACUAAAAUGGCCACUCAGUCUCCAUCAAAUGAAAGUUCAAUCAACCAAACCUGCAAUGUUUUCAGCUACAAGGAAUCAGCUCGGAUUCUCUUUCCCAUCUUCUACAUUAUUGUGCUUGUUGUCAGUGUCUCAGGCAACAGCCUGGUCCUGUACAUCACUAGCCAGAAGAAGAAGAAGUUCAACUCCACCACACUGUACCUGAUCAACCUGGCAAUCUCUGAUACCCUCUUCACUCUUGCUCUUCCUGGUCGGAUCACCUACUACAUCCGUGGUUUUGACUGGCCCUUCGGAGAUCUUCUCUGCAGACUCACUGCUGUUAUCUUCUAUUCAAACACAUACACGGGCAUUGCUUUCAUGACCUGCAUCAGUGCUGACCGCUACCUGGCCAUGGUGCAUCCACACAGGUGUCUGAAGCUGAGGAGUCUGAAGGUAGUGCGAGGCAUCUGUAUCCUGGUCUGGGCAAUUGUAUUCCUGGAGACGUCUCCUAUGCUCUUCAGGAGCAUGAUAAAGGAGUGGGAAGGUCAGCAAACAUGCAUGGAGUACUCCAACUUGGAUGAAUCUCCUAAAACCCCAUAUGUGCUUUUGCUUGCCUGUGUUAUUGGGUUCUGUGUGCCCCUGGGACUUAUCCUGGGCUGCUACAGCCAGAUCAAUUCCAAGCUUUCCAAGAUGGCUAAGGAGAACCCUAUGACUGGCAAGUCAGGAAAAAGCACCAGGGCCAAGAACAUAAUAUUGCUGAUUUUGCUGAGCUUCCUGCUGUGCUUCUGCCCCUACCACAUCAACAUCAUGCAGUUCAUGGUGCGCAGACUUCUCAAAGAGCCUUCUUGUGAAGAAAAAAAGGCCUUCAAGAUGUCUCUUCAGAUCACUGUAUCCAUGAUGAACUUCAACUGCUGCCUGGAUCCAGUCAUCUACUUUUUUGCAAUUAAGACAUACAAGCAGAGAGUAAUGAGUCUUUUUAAGGGUUACAUGCCCGCAUCAAUUUCCUCAAAGAGCAUGCCUGAUAACAGCACCAGCAACACUUAAGAUCCAUACUGUUAAAGUAACUAGAGCAAAAUUGAUGUUGAAUUAUUGAAAUCCAACAAUCUGAAAAAAAAAAAAGUAUGUAAGAAGGAUUUCCCCUAUAUUUUGUAAGGGAUUGGCACACUGGCAACAUGCUUUUAACCAAUUACUAUCUGCUAACUGAUGAAAAUGAUCCAAUUGAAUAUAACUUCACUAUCUUUGAUUCUGUUCUUAUGUGAAGCUAUGACCAGUUUUCCUUAAGUUUCUGUCUUUGUAUUACAAAUUUCCAAAACAAUUCCAAGAUCACCAUAGUAUUAAGAUUUUAUUAAUUUGUAGACUGAGGACACAAAUGUAUGCUUAUUAUCUUUAUAGUAUAUUGUUAUUCUGUCCUGUGAUUUCUUUUCUGGAAACUAUUGUUUGGAGAAGUAUAGGAGAAACUAUGACUAUGAGUAUAAGGGACUGUGAAUUGAUCACAGUUGGCUUGUAAAUUGUUAGUAUUUAGAAGGUUAUUUAAAAAACCUUUAUUGGAAAAUGCUGCAUGGAUAUGAAAUGUAAACCAUAUCCAAACAAAAAAAAAAUCUUUUAUAGAUACACAGCAUGCUCAGCUUAUAUAUGCCUACUAUGUUCAGCUAUAUGCCUACAAGCAGAAGUGAAAGUAUGAAUAAUGGAUCAAAGCCCUACUCAAUUAGAAGCAGAAGUACCCAACAAAAACAAAAUAAAAAUACUCAGCUGAAAGACAAAAAGUUGCUACUGUACUUACGUAUUAAAACUAAAAAAGUAAAUGAUGAAACUGUGAAGUUACGUAGGUCACAGCAGAUGAUGAACUGACAUGAUUCUUGAUAUUUUUUCUAGACUGAUGAACUUAAUUGAAUGCUUUAUACUGAAAUGUAAACAAAAUGUAAAUAAAAUGUGCAGGAGCCCAUUUGAUGGAUGUAUAGCAUACAGUAAUUGGUUGGAUGAGAGAAGAGACCUUCAUGGUUUGUAAUGGGUACUUUGAACGUUUAAAUAAACAAUAAUAAUAAAAAAAAAUAAGGAGUAUGUUUUUUUUCUGGGAACUGUAAUUAGGAAAGAGUACCAAGUAUUCAAUAUUCAUAAAUAUGCCACAAGUGAUGCUUACGUAUAGCGAGGGGCACAAAUACUCAAGUAUUUUCCACCCCUGCCUACCAGAAGAAAUCAAUCCCGCCCUGAAACAGCAACCAACAAGAUUUUAGUUUAUGUUUUUUUUUCAUUGUCUUAUAAAUUAUACAUUUGACAUUUUACUACUGUAAGAAUAAUUAACAUUUCCUGACAUUUCAGAAACAGCACAUCAAAAAGCUCAUUUUACUGCUACUAUGAGAUAUGAAGAAAUACACCCUCCUCCAAAGCUUUAGCAAAAAAGGUCGCUCUUCAUGAGGACAAUGGAUCAGUCAUCAGCAAACAGUGACUAGAAUGUGUAAUAUUUUUCAAAUGUGUCAUGCACCAAUGCUUUAGUCUCUGUAUUUUUUUCUUUAUUUUUCUUAAUGGUUGC